CCAACCACUUCCUAAUUGAUAAGCAAAUACCCUUCAAUCUCUCUUAACCUCUAUCUCUCUCUAAAAAUGGAAAAACCUACACCAAAUUUUGUGCAAAGUUCACUCAUCAAUCCUUACAAAUCCAAAGAUCGCUACCCAAAAAAGGCCAAGGGCAUGUCCUUCUUUGCCUUUGUUUUGUCUAUUUUUAUCUAUAUCUCUAUCUUCUAUAUCUUCAACCUCUCCCCUUCAAAGCUCUUCAAAAACUUCAAGUUUUGGUUCUUCAUUUGCAACACUAUCAUUAUCAUAAUUCUAGUAGAUUAUGGUGCAUUCUCUUCCUCCAAAGACAACAAUAAACAACUUGAUCUUUACCAGGACUACAUAAUGAGAAGGCAAAGAAGUGCUCCAUCUUCCUACAGACAAUACUAUUCUCAAAUUAUCAAGACACACAUUCCUGAAGAAGAGGUAGAGGACUUGCAGGAGAAGAGAAAAGUAACGCAUCAAAGAACCAGAGUCCCUGCAGAAACAAGAUUGUCAAUUGUUCGUGAAAGGUCUAGCACAAGCUUCCAAGGCACUAACAAGAAAAAGCUUGAAAGUUGCUUAAAACAAGAAAAUGUUAAUGGAGGUCUUGAGAAGAAGAAGUUGAUCCAGGCAAAAACAUUACUUCAGCGUAGUAAGUCAGAUGCCACUAAAAGGGUAGUGAUUGAUGAGAGUAAGAACAUUAUUAGAAGGGUAGAAACUGAGAGGUACGACUCACCACCAGACCCUCUAGAUGAAGAAGAAAAUAAUAAAAAUGAUUAUGCAAAUAUGUCCAAUGAAGAGUUAAACAGAAGAGUUGAAGAGUUUAUUCAAAGAUUCAAUAGGCAGAUUCGACUUCAGAGAGAUGUUUAUUAGAUUAUAUAUAUACAUAUAUUCCAAGACAAUUUGCUGUGUCUCUUAGCUUCUGUUUUGUUUUUCAUGUCUUCCACUAGCUAUUAAUUUUUUUCUUUGUUAUUACAGUAUAAAUGCCUUAAUUAGAGUUUUGUAUUCGGACUUGUCUUUGUCGAUAACA